AUGGCCACCCCGCCCGACCCCCAGCUCUACCGCGACCCCUGGGCGAAGCGUGAGGCCUGGCGCAAGCACCCCGUCUUCUCCCGCCGCGCCAUGUUCGCCAGGGCCUUCCCGGGCUUCGGCGUCGCCGUCGUCGCGUUCACCACCUACGUGAUUGCAGAGAACAUGCUCACAAAGGAGAAGAAGCCGGCGCACUGA